AUGGAUGCUGCGGUAGGCUUCAGCAUAUAUUUUCACCAUCCUCUUACACAGGAGGCGUGCUUCACCUUUACCCCCUCCCAAGGCCAGCGUUUAACUACUACCGCCGAGCGUAUCACCAAUUCUCGGACCAUCUAUACAUUCGCUUUCUCGAGUCGGGUACUAGGGCAGGAUGGUUUCUCGAAAGGUUCUCGGCGCUGUGGCGCUCUUCUCGACGUUGGCAUUGGCUCAGAACAACAAUAAUAACAAUAACAACAACAACAACAACAACAACAACAACAAUGGUCAGAAUAACAAUAACAACAACAAUAACAACAAUGGUCAGAACAACAAUAACAACGCCGGUGGAGAUGCUACACAGUUGGCACCAAAUGCCGUCCAGUCCGGCUCCUUCUUUGAUGGAUCUGAUGCAAUAGGUGCCAAUGACGCGCAGGCCCGGUCAGAUGUCUCACGGAACAACUUCAUCAACUUCUGUGCCGGCCAGACACUCACUAACGGGCUGCAGCUUAUCGGUGGAUCCUGCAACGGCAUUCCCAUGGGUCAAAUCCCUUCCAAGCAGAAUAUGGUAGCUAGUGUCAUCAUCAACCCGAAGAUGGGUGAUGUCAUCCCUGCUGGGCAGGAUUUCCAGAUCCAGGUCCAGACGAUCAACCUCCAGGCCGGCUCCUUCACCAACGCCGUGGCGACGUACUACACGGCUCCGCAAAAGCUCAACGGCCAGGGCCAGAUCAUCGGCCACACUCACGUCACGGUACAGGAUCUCGGCCAGAGCCUUAACCCCACCCGACCUCCCGACCCGACCCAGUUCGCCUUCUUCAAGGGUAUUGACGAUCCUGGCAAUGGCCAAGGUCUCCUGGCGGCGACGGUUGAGGGUGGUCUUCCGGCCGGUAACUACCGUGUCUGCACCCUGACCUCGGGCUCCAACCAUCAGCCUGUGGUCAUGCCUGUCGCCCAGCGUGGGUCCCAGGACGAUUGCCAGAAGUUUGUGGUGGCGGCGAACGGAGGACAGAACAACAACAACAACAAUGGUCAGAACAACAACGGCCAGAACAAUAACGGCCAGAAUAAUAACGGCCAGAACAAUAACGGCCAGAACAAUAACGGCCAGAACAACAAUGGUCAGAACAACAACGGCCAGAACAACAAUGGUCAGAACAACAACGGCCAGAACAACAAUGGCCAAAAUAACGGUAACAACUUCGGCAAGAACAACUUCCGCAACCGCCGGCAGCGCAACCGACGACAGGAUACUUCUGAGAAUGCACCUCUGGCUCCCCAGAGCCUCAUGGCGUGA